AUGAACACUUAUGGAUUUCUCUUUGGAGGUAUCUUAUUCAGAUAUGCAACACAACAAGGCGCAGAAGAUGACGUUAUUGAAGAUAUCAAAACAUUUGCGAAGUAUUUCAGAAUGAAUGAUAGUAUUGUUAUGAUGAUUCCUGGUAUUAAAACAUUUUUCUUGUAUAGCAAUGGCCAUCAACGCAAGAUUGGAGAUGAACCUGAUUUGCCUUCUUUAGAAAUUAUUAAUGAUGAUCCAGACUUUGAUUAA